CUGCGAAGCAUCAACCCAACCCCACAGCCUGCUGGAUAAUUCAGAAGCCAGAAAGUAUUGAGAAUGGCCUCCAGAUAUAAAUCGUUUACUAGCUAUCUCAAGCUAAGGACCUCAUUAUUUUUCCUGUAAAAGAACACAACUUGUUUUUCGUAAUUUAUUUCUCCUUGUUUGGAAGGGCCUACUCAAGAAGAGGAAUCGGCUUCUAGUGAACUGCAAAGUAAUUCUCCGCUAACGGGCUUGCAUGUUCCACGGGCCUGAUGUUUAUCUCAGGCUCCGUGGAGGGACCCAGUGUUAUCAUCAGGUAGAAUUGGGCAGUUUUUACUCCUCAAUAAAACUUAGGCUCUGGCUGCCGCUGCAGAGGCGGCAGAACCGCAGCGGCGCAAACCUGGUGGAGGCAAGCAGGCACCCGGGGUUUUAGGUCAAAGGCAUCCUGAGCGAGAGAAAGAAAUUCAGGAAGGAAGGGUGAAAGGUAAGAAGGCAGACGGGCAAGAGGGAGAGACAGUGGACAGAAGCCGACCCAUGUGGUAGUUGAAUCGCUUUUCUUAAUCUCUCCGGAAUGGGAAAUCUCCGGAAACCAAAGCGAUCGAUAAACGAAAGGAAUAUUUUAUUGAGGAGGCUAACACCUAGAGAGGCCCAGGAGGCUUGGGGCUGGUCAGGAAUACUGGGGGCUCUAGACCAACUCAAAUGGCUGAGGAGGCACAAAGUGGCAUUUAACUUGAGUUUCUGCUGCGUUGAUUCUCUAGCUCGAACCAACCAGCCACAGCAGGCCAGUCCGCGAAGGGAGCGAAGGGAACCAAGGGAGCGCAGCGCGGGCUCUUCUUUCCCAGCUCAACAGUCCCAGUGCGGGUGGGACCCAAGGUCCUAGGCUAGAGAGGAUCUUCCAUACAAGCCUACACACUUUUCCCUCCCUUUAAUCUAGAAAGUUCAAACUCAACAUCCGAUUGCAGGGGGUUGGGGGAGUCACGCUGGAAGAACUCAUACCAACCACCGCAAAGGUCCGUGAAGACCCAAGUGUCAACCCCAGGGGCUGUGAUGCUGGUGGCAGGCUUUCCCGCUCCUUCACUCUUUAGCAGGGGUGGCCUUUUGUAGCAGAUGCAGUAUGCUAAGCUAACUUUUGUAACCUUUGUUGGCACUGCAGGCUCCUGGAUCCCAUCCAGCAUAGAAACCCAUUUGGCGGUCCUACAGGGCCCUGGCCAAAACUAGCCUGAGGGCUGCCUGCAGCAGGGCAUCAGGGUGUCUUACCAGCCAAAUUGGCAGGGUCUCUCCAGGCCCAGGAAAGUCCUGGAUGCUCUGGAGAGCUACAGGAAAAGGCUUUGAGGCGUCUGUGAAUUCCUUGAAAAUGAUGGUUGGAUUAUGGGACUGCAUAGAUAAGCAUUUUUCAGUGUAAAUCAGAUUUACCUUUUAUUUUUCAGGGAGGGUCCCUGACACUCUAAAAGGUUAAGAAAGACAGAUUUACAUCAAUGUCUUUCACUUUAUUUUUGUAGCUUCCACCAUCUCAAACAUACUCUCCAAUGGCAAAGGCCCUUUCCAAAUUUGAGCCUGGAAAGUUGCUUUUUACAUUGGAUCCGGACAGGCAGGACGCUGGGCCCUAAUCCCCGGCAUGCUGGCCUGCUGGGGCUCAUUCUCCUCAAAGAGCCUUUCUCACUCUUGCCACCUAUACUUGCCACAUGACCUUUCCAGAGAGGCACAGGCAGUGCUGAGGAGCAAAGUGUCUUUUUUGUGUAGUCCCCAGUUUUGUAGCAUACCCAGGUGGCACUGCUAAACAAAAUUUCAGUGAGUUUUACCCUCUUAUUGAGCAGAGAGGGACCAGGCAGAUCCCGUAAGCCCAACAUAGGGCCCUAGGCUGCAGCGCUGUGAGCUCUUCAGUGCUCAGAUUUGCUGGCUACUUAGGCAUAGGGGGAUGAAAAUUUGUCUUGGCCUGGGGUGCAGGAACAACUCAGAAGAGUGGAGAGUUAGCGAUGUGUCAGCACAGACCCGAGUCUUGAUUCUGAUUGUGCUAGGCAGCUGCUAUAGUUUGAGGACUGAAGCUGGAAAAAAACUGGCUCCCUCAAGCUCUCCUCCUCUCUCCUUUUUCUUUGUCUGUCUCUCCUCCAUUCCUCUUUAUUUUUCUCUCCACUAUCGCCUUGUUUUGUAUUCUGAUACCUAGUCUGUGUAGAGCCGGUCAUCACAGGGAUGGAGGUAGAAGUGGCUGGAACACUGUAUGACCAUAGCAGUGGCAUGGCCUCUUGGGCACUAAUUAUAAAGCAGCCACAAUGGCAGCUGUUGGAUUCUUAGAAACCAGAGCCUGGGCUGUACCUAGCUAGCUCUCUCCUGCACUCUCCGGAUUCUCUCAGGAUGCUUAUCUCCUCCGGUUGAGUUCAUCCUGGAAGGAAGCAUAACAGACCACCUGAAUGCAAGAGUCUUUCCCUACCACUGGCAGAGAGGUCUGAUUGCUCUACUUCCUGGGAUCCCCAGGGUCAGUAACUCCAGCUUUAAUUGAAGCUGGAUGAGUAGCCAGCCUGGGUCAUUCUGGAGACCUGUAGCCCACAGGUCAGGGGCAAGGCAGAGACCUCCCCGGUUCCACUGGAUCCGGCCGGAAAAGGUCACAUUUCCUGAGCCUGGUAAUGGAGGCCCACACUUGGGGGCUAGUGCCCCAGGCUGGCCAUUUCCAAUUGGCUAAGAAAGUACCCCAUGAGUAGGAUCCAGUCAAUGUUUGUUGAGCAAAGGGUCUAGCUUGGAACUCUCCUAUAAAAGGGUCACAAGCCCAGCUCAGUCGCUGAGGUAAUAGAUUUCUUCACCCUGGGCCUUGUUAAAAUGUGCACACCUUAGGAGGAAGAACUGCCCCAGCCAUAGGUUUGGAGAGGAUGGAGUAAGAGAGGUGGGGAGAGGCAGAAGCUUAGUGAUAUCAGUUUUUGUUAUAGCCUCCAGGAACAUAGGAAUGCCAUGGCCCAAAGGAGAGGGAACAGUGGCAGAGGUGUCUGCUGGGCACAUUCCUCCAAGUUUCCCCUUCCAGGUCUCCCCAUCCUAGAAGAACAAAAACCCUAGGGCCAAGCUUUCAAUUCUCUUAAAGGACCUGAGUAUGGGAUUUCCUCAGGGUGUUGGUGAGGGUGUCUGGACCUGGCUCUGGCCUCCUGUCUGGUGGGGAAAGUCUUCUGGCCAAGGAUGCCAGUCACUUCCCAUGCUCACUUACACCAGACCUCCAAGGUUCCCCAACAGGAGAUGUAUAAAAGGCAAGCCAGGUGAGCACUGAAGAGGAGUAAAUCCUGUGGAUGAAUCCACAGGGUAGGACAGUGUUGGAGGCUAAAGGAUCAGGGAUCAGCUAUUGCAUUUGGGGGAGUAUUUGGUGUGAGAUGUCAGAAGUAUGGCAAUAGCUAACUUCCAGUUUACUCCAGACACUGUGAGGAUCCCAGUGGCUUUGGGACCAGGUUUGCUACUUUUGGAAACUAGAUUCCAGAGAUGGGGCCACCUCCAGGUCCAGAGCUGAAUAGGAAGAACGUGAGUCCCCGACAGGGUUCCUAUAUGUAGUCACAGGGCACCUGGGCCUAGUGGCCACUUCUGCAACAAGGAUGGGAGCACCCAAGGCAGGCUGGGGGUGCGCACCGUAAACACCCCACUUGUUAACUGCGCAGGGCCCAAGAACACUUCCAACAGACCCCGGCCUAGGGCUCACAUCAGAAUAUGGGCGGGGCGAUCCUAGGGCCAGGCCCCCCACCAGCCACUUUAGGGCAACCCCCACAGCUCAUAGCCUUCGGGCCAAGGUGUCAGGCGUGCAUCUCCUGGCCCAUCAAUACAGAUUACAUAUUUAUAUCAAUCGCGGGCUCUGAGGGCGCCCUCGGAGAGCGGCCCUGCGCCUACGAAAUCAAACUGGGAGUGGUCGCGCGGAAACUCUGGCUCGGGAUUGGCUGCGGACGCCCGCCGCGGUGCGGGGGGAUUGCUAAUCGUAUUCAGCAUGUUUUGCACAAGAAAUGUCAGCCAGAAAGGGCUAUCUGCUCCCUUCGCCAAAUUAUCCCACAACAAUGUCAUGCUCGGAGAGCCCCGCCGCGAACUCUUUUUUGGUGGACUCGCUCAUCAGCUCGGGCAGAGGCGAAGCGGGAGGUGGUGGAGGUGGCGCUGGGGGCGGCGGCGGCAGUGGUUACUACGCCCACGGCGGGGUCUACCUGCCGCCUGCCACCGACCUGCCCUACGGGCUGCAGAGCUGCGGGCUCUUCCCCGCACUGGGCGGCAAGCGCAAUGAGCCGGCUUCGCCAGGCGGUGGUGGCGGUAGCGGGGCCCUGGGCCCCGGAGCGCACGGCUAUGCGCCGGCGCCCAUAGACCUGUGGCUAGAUGCACCCCGGUCCUGCCGGAUGGAGCCGCCUGAGGGGCCGCCGUCGCAACAGCAGCAGCAGCCACCUCAGCAGCAGCCGCCGCCCCCGCCACAACCACCCCAGGCCCCACCACAGGCCACCUCGUGUUCUUUCGCCCAGAACAUCAAAGAAGAGAGCUCCUACUGCCUCUACGACUCGGCGGACAAAUGCCCCAAAAGCUCAGCGGCCACCACCGAUCUGGCCCCCGAGGCGCACGCGUCAUCCUCCGCCGCGGAGGAGCUCUCCCCGGCCCCUUCCGAGAGCAGCAAAGCCUCGCCCGAGAAGGACUCCCUGGGCAAUUCCAAAGGCGAAAACGCAGCCAACUGGCUCACUGCAAAGAGCGGCCGGAAGAAGCGCUGCCCGUACACCAAGCACCAGACGCUGGAGCUGGAGAAAGAGUUUCUAUUCAACAUGUACCUUACUCGAGAGCGGCGCCUAGAGAUCAGCCGCAGCGUCCACCUCACGGACAGACAAGUGAAAAUCUGGUUUCAGAACCGCAGGAUGAAACUGAAGAAAAUGAACCGAGAAAAUCGGAUCCGGGAGCUCACAGCCAACUUUAAUUUUUCCUGAUGAAGCUCCAGGCGAUGCUGGGUUUUUUUUUCCCCCCCCCCGCUGCCAGAGCGCCCGUCCCCUCCCUCUGUCUUCAGCCUCAUCCCCAGAACUCGCACCUGUGUCGGAGCCCCAUUCUACCCUUCCACACUCGCCAUCUCCCGGGCCGUUACAUCUGUGCAGGGCUGGUUUGUUCUUGACUUUUUGUUUCUUUGUUUGCUUGGUGCUGGUUUACUUGUUUUCAGGGGGAAAAAGCCAUAUCGCGCUAAAUUCUAUUGAAAUAGAUAUUGUCCUAAGUGUCAAAUCCUGACUGGGCUUGGUUUGCUGUCUAGGGGUCUCAAUGCUUGAAAUAACCCCUAUCCUCCUCCUUCCAUCCUUAGAGCUAUUUUUCUGCCCACCUCAGACAACCUAGCCAGAAGACCGAGGUCCCACUGUCGGUCCUAAGGUGCCCGGCCUGAGGUCAAUGGUGCAAGGAGCCGCCACUGGGUCCGCUUGCCUGGAGGGCUGCUGGGCUGUGUUUAAUCAGGGGAUUCAGGCCCCUGUGUUUCUUUUUUCUUCUUCCUUUCUUCCUUGGCCAAGAGAAGGGCAUACAGGCAUAGACAUGCAGGUUGGCAAUAGAGCUUGGCUUUGGCUGAUUGAAAAAGCAGAAAGAGAAUGAUUAUUUUUUCCUUCCUCUGUAAGAUAUCCCAGCUUUAAAAGAAAAAAAAAAAAAGUGACCAAGAGAAGGAAACUUCUCUUCUAGAUUGUGUAAGGUCUUGCAUUGCCUGACUAAAAUGUUUCAUUUACCUCUGAAUUUCCAUUUUCUUCUGGCUGUUGAGAAUAAUGUAGUUUUGUUUAUACAUGUGGAAUUAGUGGAUUUUUUUGUCAUUAAAAUCGUUACCACUGGUAACACCCGAAAAGCACACCACAAUUCUCCCUGUCUUGUGGAGGUUUAUUAUUAUUAUUAUUAUUUUACAUUUUUUUUUACAUCUUUUUGUGUGUGCAUGGCUUUCUGAAAUUCACGGAAGCCUAGGAGGGCUGAGGCAAGCAGAAUAAACUAGAGAAGGGAGACAUUGUUUGGAUUUCCUUUAUACUGUGAAGUUACAUGCAUAAAAGGGUCAAACCUGUAGGUGCAGAAAAAAGAAAAAAAACUAUAAAUACAAAUCUGUAUAAAUGUCUAUUAUUAUGAAAAAUUGCCAAUCAUGUUUUAAGCAAAUGCAUUCUAUCAUUAUUAUAAAUGUUAGUUCUAGCUCUAUUUACUUCUAAUCUUAAAUCAGAAUAAAUUAAUAUUGUAUUGCUGCUGUGCGUGGAAAAAAAGACGAUGUUUAUGUUCUUAUAGAAUAAAAGCUGUGGAAUGAAGCUUUUUAA